CAACCGCACUACUAUUUACCCAAUAUUUCUGGAGCUGACUGUAUUCUCUCUCAAGGUUUCCCUCUCAGCAUUUGUUUUCGGGUUUAAUCUGAUUCUUUUGAGAGAGAGAGAUUUUCACUUGGUGGAGAGGGUUCGAUGAGAGAUUGGUUUCCUAAGUUCUACAACCCAUCCUCAUCAUCUGCUUCUGCUCUUCAUUUCCAACCAUACCUCAUCAUUGCCUCUUUUGUCUUUCUCCAAUCUAACCAUCCGUUUUUAACUCUCUCUCUCUCUCUCUUGGUUUGUGGCUCUGAAUCUUUCUGUUUCCUCUGUUCUUCCCUCCUUUUGAUUCUAACGUUAAACGAAGAAACUGUGUCUUUUCCUACCGAAGAAAUGGGAAGAACGGAAUCAUCGUUGGAAAGUAGUUCUGUUUUACUGGCGACGAGAGAAUGUUUCUAAUUUUUUGAUUGGAGAUUUCAAUUCAUGAUUUUAGGUUGCAGAGAAGUGAGGUUCACUUUACUGUGAGUUCUUCGUGGGUUUUGGAGAAAUAUCUAGCUUCCUUACGAUGGCAGACAUAGCUAAAGACUUAACUGCUGGAACCGUCGGAGGGGCUGCACAGUUGGUAUGUGGUCACCCCUUUGACACGAUCAAGGUCAAGCUCCAGAGCCAGCCUACCCCAGCCCCUGGCCAGCUUCCCAAGUAUUCAGGUGCCAUGGAUGCUGUUAAGCAAACAAUUGCAGCUGAAGGCCCGAGGGGCUUGUACAAAGGUAUGGGUGCGCCACUUGCCACUGUGGCAGCUUUCAAUGCUGUCCUUUUCACUGCGAGAGGACAGAUGGAAGCAUUGUUGAGGUCCGAACCUGGUGCUCCCCUUUCAGUCAACCAGCAAGUUGUUUGUGGGGCUGGGGCUGGAGUUGCUGUCUCCUUCCUUGCAUGCCCCACCGAGUUGAUCAAGUGCAGGUUGCAAGCCCAAAGUGCUUUGGCAGAUUCUGGUUCUGCAUCAGGGGCAACAAAGUAUGGAGGGCCAAUGGAUGUUGCAAGGCAUGUUCUCCGAUCGGAAGGGGGUACAAGAGGCCUCUUCAAAGGUCUAGUUCCCACUCUUGCACGUGAAGUCCCUGGAAAUGCUGUGAUGUUUGGUGUGUAUGAAGGCUUCAAGAUGUUCCUUGCAGGGGGCCAAGACACUUCUAGUCUUGGUAGGGGCUCUUUAAUUGCUGCUGGAGGCUUAGCUGGUGGCUCUUUCUGGCUCUCGGUUUAUCCAACUGAUGUAGUGAAGAGUGUUAUUCAGGUAGAUGACUACAAGAAUCCUAAGUUCUCUGGUUCUAUUGAUGCAUUCAAGAAAAUUUUAGCAUCUGAGGGAGUCAAAGGCUUGUACAAAGGAUUUGGGCCUGCAAUGGCCCGUAGUGUUCCUGCAAAUGCAGCAUGCUUUUUAGCCUAUGAAGUGACAAGAUCCAGCUUGGGAUGAAAGCCAGUUGGAGAGAUAGUAACGAUUCUUUCCAGCCAGCCAAAGGAUUCUGGGGAUUGUUAUUGAUAAUUUCUUUUUGGAGUACCUGUUAUUGCCAAUGUUGCUAUUACUGCAUGAUUUUAUUGUUUCGUGAAGACCCUUUUAUUCAAACCAGUUGUCUUCAGAUGUCUUCUAAGCAAUAUAGCAUUGACUUGUAAUUCCAGGAAGAAUUCUCUUUGAACUUUUAAUGCAAUAAAAUUGUUGUUACAAGUUCCCCA